AUGAAUAGACAUACAGAUUCUGUCAGUGCAAAUGCACAGUGUACUCCAUCAAAUUCGAAAGACGAGAAAAAUAAUGUUUUAGCUGCUUAUCAUUCUCUGAUAUUUUCAAAAAAAGACAAGGACUGUUUCGAUGUCGCAGAUAUUGAACGCAAGUCUCUUGCUGUGAAGUAUAUGACAACAAAAUUGUCCGAUUCAGAAGAUAUGAAAGCUGUACUGCUUCGAAAGAGUCUUAAAGAUUAUCACAGCCUGAUAAAGGAUAAGAACGGAGUAAACAAUUACUGGAAACAAAUUAAAUCUCAAAUAUUGGACCCAAAAAAUGAUCCAUUAAAGUGGAAGUCAGAAUUAGAAGAUGUGGACGCUACAUUGAAUUUUAUAAAACCUUUGACUUGUCAGAAGCUCAGUACUCUACCUUGUAAAGAAAGAUCUUACAAUGAUAGGGAUAUAGAGAAACUAAUGAAUAACUCAAAGAAGAAAGACAUAGAAAGAAAUAGAAAAAUCUGUUCGCAGUUACAAGCAGCUUCUAGUCAGAAUUCAAGUCAAAAACUUUCAUUGAAGUCUAAUAACACACACAGUGAACAAAAUAUAUCUACAUAUUUCACAAACAUUCCUAGAAAUUUUAAUAAGCAUGUAAGUUCCGCCAAACAGAAUGUUUCCAAAGUACAAACAAAUGGUCAAUCUUCUUAUCAGAAUUUGGAUAGAUUUGUGCAAAAAGUGUCUCCUAAGUUAAGCAAUAAUAAUAUGAAUGAUAAAAGCUCGUACAGACCAAUAAAUCCUCAUGUACUACAAUUAAAACCAACUGCUCCUCCACAGACUAUCAGUGAAAGCGCCAAUAUGCAAAAAAUCGAUUUUGAUUCCUCUAGAAGCGCCAAUUACGACGAAUUAUACAUCCAAGAGAUGAAGAAGAACAAGUCUGUGCCAAAGAAGGGCGGCCGAAGGAUGGCUAAUUCUCAAUUCGUCUGUCCUUUCAAAUGCGAUAAGGAAGAGUCGGCGCAAAAUUACAAUACGCUACAAGGUAAAUCGAACGAAGAAGUAGAGGAUAAAAGGCUGAAGAACAUUGAUCCAAAUAUGAUCGAGUUGAUAAAAAAUGAGAUCAUGGAUUCAAGUAAAAUGAUAACGUGGGACGACAUCGCAGGACUCGUGACCAAGUUUCACCAGCCGUCCGUCGUCUUCAUUGAUGAGAUUGAUUCGUUGUUGACACAGCGUUCGGAGACGGAGCACGAGUCCUCCAGGAGGCUAAAGACGGAAUUCCUGGUGCAGUUAGACGGCGCGGCAACAUCUGAGGAAGAUCGUAUUUUAAUCGUUGGUGCAACCAAUCGACCGCAAGAACUGGACGAGGCGGCAAGAAGACGUCUCGUCAAGAGGUUGUAUGUUCCUCUGCCAGAACUCGAAGCGCGUAAACAGAUAAUAAAUAAUUUAUUGAUGUCGGUGAAUCACGAUCUUAAUGAGGAAGCUAUCAUGAAAAUCGCGGAGAAAUCGGCGGGAUAUUCCGGCGCCGAUAUGACUAAUCUCUGUAAAGAAGCAAGUAUGGAACCAAUCCGGAGCAUUCCCUUCAGUCAACUUGAAGAUAUAAAAAUGGAGGAAGUGAGACACAUAACAAACAGUGAUUUUGAACAGGCAUUAAUCAACGUGCGACCCAGUGUGUCUCAGUCGGAUUUAAAGAUUUAUAUCGAAUGGGAUCGUAUUUAUGGUUCUGGCACUGCUCAAAGUUAUAAAACCUAAUGCAAUAUGUGCAA